GCUCCAGAAAUGAUUUUUCGAGUUCUUUUUGUUUGCCUUCUGGCGAACUCUAUCCAUGCUCAAGAUUUUAUUUCAGCCAACUCCGACAACUUUGACUCUGUAAUCGACACUGCUGCGUACGUCCAAGAAAUACCUGAGUACGCCAAAAGCAUUCCACUAUCAUGGGAGACACAAGAUGAACUACUUCAGCUGGAAGACUCGCUAAAAUUCCAAGCCCGUACAGAGAACGAUUAUUAUCCAACUCCAAUUUAUCGCAAGGAUUUGCCAAGAGAUUACGUCGCUUACUGGGAGAUAGAAGUAAAUGAUAACGAUCACGUUAUUUUGUCUGCUGGACCCCAAACUGGAGACACAAAAAUCGUUCAUCAAAGUGACCGACCAUCACCAACUCAAAGACUAGCCAGAGAAGCCAAAAGUAUCGGAGAGACAUGCGUUCGUUACUAUAUGUAUGCACCUGAAGGUACGAUGUUCUGUGAGAAUGGCAGUGGUAAAGUUGUCGCUACAACUCUAGAUCCCUCAGUGGUUUACGACUACUGUAAUGACAAUUCGACGGAAUCCAAAGAAAAAGUCAACAGUAUGCUGGAAGAGCUUAAUGAGUUGGCAGAGUCUGAUUGGGUGGAACAUGCAGAAAGGCUCAAACAAGACAGUGUCCAAUGGCAAAUUGCCACUGUAUAUGACCGAAUUGAUUGCGAAGACGAUUUAUUAACGAUCGAUAACGGAACUUCCAUCGCUGAACAGGCCAUACAUCCCGGCGAAGCUGUACUCGUUGCUAUUGGUGGUGACCAUGAGAGCAUCAAAGUUCGUUAUGUCUCAUUUAGCGGUGACGUGACAGAGGAAGAUGUCCAGAGGAUGCAAGCUAUUCUCUGCAAUCAGGCGCUUGACAAUCAACUAUGCAAAGAUGACGGAACUGUAACUGACGACAAAAUAGAAGUUAGCGAAUUAAACGGAAUAAAGUUUAUCGCUGUUGCCCUGUCGGAAGAUCGGAACAUGUUGAGGGACGCCUUCGAUGGGAACGAAAUCAGCUUUCAAGUCGAAAUUCGUUUGAUGACAGGCAAAGCAAUAGUACGUAAUUUUGGCAUCGAAUUAGAAACACCAGAUCCACCGGAACUAGAAGUUGAUGACGAAGAAGUUCCACUCGUUCCCCAACGAAAAAAACGAUAUAAGCAGUAUAAGUCUUGGACCAGCUUUACCUACCACAGUAUUCUUUACGAGCAGAGUGCAUUUCCUAAAUAUUGGCAGAAAAAAGUCGGAAGUUGUUAUUCUGGAUGCGGCCCCGUAGCAUGGGCAAUGGUGUUUGGAUACUUCGAUCGUAUGGCACACAUGUAUGGCGUGAAUGGUGAACUACGUGAACUCUGGAGAAGUGGACCUGAUGGAACUACAGGCAGCCAAUGGGAAAUGGCACCUUAUUGGAUGAACAAUAAAGUACAUUUAUACAUUAAGAAACUACGAAAUAUUCUUCAUACGUUCUGUCUCUUCGGACAAGGUGCCACCUGGCAGUGGAGAAUGGACGACAUCGAAGGCUUCUUUACUGCGAGAGGAGGAAGUCACGUGAACCUAUGGAAGACAGAUGGUCUUGUUGGUAUAUACAGCAGCAGUAUUCGAAACAAAGCUCGUAAUCGAAUUCGAGAUGACGAUAUUCCCGCUGUGAUCGGUCGACGUGUUUCUGGAUUCUUUUCUCAACACUAUCCUGUUGCAACCAGAUAUCGGUGGAGGAAGCGACAGUAUCGUAUCUGUGUCAAAUUUCUUUGGUGGAAGAAAUGUGGAAAAUGGCGCUGGGAGUACGACCGUGAUUUCUAUCUACACAUGGGGUGGACCAAUGGUGGCAGUGAUGGAUGGUGGAGUGCUAAAGCUUUUAUGGCCGCCGCAGCGUAUCCACAAUAAGGAAUUACGACUAACGCGUAUUUAACAUUCAAUUAUACUACUAUUGCUGGUUUGUUUUGUGGGCUGUUAAGUACUUGCAGGUGACGGGUCAGAAUUCAUCAAAUAAAAUAUAAAUUGCAAAAUGUAA